GUCUGGAAAUUGUAUUAUUUGAAAGAGGGACUUGGGCUAAUUCUUUAACGGCGCCAGGGCCGAGCAUCUCUUGCAAGAUAAUUUUGCAUGCAGGCAUUAUUAAUGUCUCUGCCACGGUGUGUGGUUGUUUUGAUUUGGCGAUGAGUUCAGCAACUUGGUAGCUAGCUUUAAGAGCUUUUUCACCCGUCUUGGUGGUUUUCCUCAAUAACGCUGCCUGUUUCCCAGUCUGUUCACGCAGUUUAACAAAAUAGUCUGUAUUCUUGUUUUGAAGUGACGGGUGUUUUGUCUCUAAAUGGCGUUUGAGUUUACUUGGAACCAUGGCACUGUUGGACAACUUUUCCCCGCACACCAGGCAUAGCGGAGUUGGAGCACUUGGUUCCCCGGUAAAGGUAAAUCCAAAGGCAAGAUAACUUUCACUGUACUGUCUUGGGCUCACCUUUUUUGUUUUCUUCUGACCAGUACUCGUGCUAGGGCUUUCAUCUGGGUCGGAAUUUUCUUCAGGACCCAGGUCAGAUUGAGUACUUUUUCUUUUCAAAUAUUUAUCCAUAGUUAUCACCUGCACUGUCUCACUCGAAGCAUGGCUAUGAACUUCCGGCUGCUGCGGGACAUAUCACUCUUCUUCUUUGUAUUUUUUAAGACCGUUGGCAACCAAACCAGCAACAACUAGCAUUACCGUCAUGUAGGGCUGUUCGAUUAAUCGAUUUUAAAUCGUAAUUGCGAUUGUGUAUUUAGAACGAUGUUAAAACGUGAAAAUCGUAAAAUCGAUUUUUCACUUUAACUAACUUCUACGCUACAGUCCCCGUUCAUUUGUCUGGGCUGCGCCCCCUACUGUCUAUGGCUGCGCCAGAUACAUUUUUGGCUGCACUGGUUUGCCUUACUUACUUCUGCCUCUGACCUCCCCAUGGCGCUCUUUCUAGUUCCUACACAUUUGUAAACAAACAUGUCGGCGUUGGAGUUAGUGGAUAGAAAGAAGAGCAAGUCCGUUGUAUGGAAGUGGUUCGCCUUCGACGCUUCGGAUGAAGAGCAAAGUACUCCGCUUUGUAAACUCUGUCGGAAGUCCGUGGCAGUUAAAAACAGCACAACUAAUUUAUUUCAACACCUCCAAAAAAACCACCCAUCGGAAUGGCAGCAGUGUGUUGCAGAGCGGACUGCACAAGGGCACGCGGAUGCGGCUACACCACCACCCCAACCAAAGCAAGUUACUCUGUCAGCUUCAUUUUCGCGUGGUGUACCGUACGAUAGGACUGACAGGAGGUGGCAAUCUAUUACGGAUGCAGUCGCGUUCCACAUCGCAACAGACAUGGUCCCAAUAUAUACGGUAGAAAAGGCUGGCUUCCAACAUUUGCUUAAUACGCUGGAUCCCCGCUACAAGCUACCAGGGCGAAAACAUUUUGGCGAAGUUGUCUUGCCCCGUCUGUACAACACAACUCGUUCGAAAGUGACAAAGAGGCUGGAAGACGUACAGUUCUUUUCCGCUACUACUGACUUGUGGUCCAGUCGCACUAUGCAACCAUACCUGAGUUUGACAGUGCACUUUAUCACCGACGAUUGGUGUCUUGAAAAUGCCUGCCUACAAACGUCUUUCUUCCCAAGCGACCACACGGGUGAAGAAAUCGCCCAGGGGUUGAGAGAUGGACUGGAGUCCUGGAAUCUGAGUGAAGACCGCCUCGUAUGCAUGACCACAGACAGUGGCACUAAUAUGACAAAGGCUCUGAGGCUUAACGAGUGGCCCAACCUACAGUGCUUUGGCCAUAAACUUCACAACGCCAUCAUGAAUGCUGUCAAAGACCCAAGGAUUGAUCGUGCCACCGGGAUUUGCAAGAAGGUUGUCAGUUCUUUCUCACACAGCUGGAAAAGGAGGAGGGAGCUGGCAGCAGUGCAGGCAGAGCUGGGCCUACCUGUCCAUCAGCUCAUCACGGAGUCCCUAACUAGGUGGGGCUCCAGGCAAGCGAUGAUCGAGCAUGUCCUGGAACAAGAGAGAGCCAUAGCACGUGUCCUGGGGUCGGACAAAAAAUGCAGGCACCUCGUGCCCACCUUGCAAGAUGUUGAGAUUUUGGAGUCUGUGAAUAAAGCAAUUAAACCACUGCAGGAUUUCACAGACGCUUUAUCUGGGGAGAGUUAUGUGACUGUCUCUUUCAUCAAACCAACACUCAGCAUGUUCAGAAGCAGUCUUCUCAAACCAGAAGACGAAGACACUGAGCUCACCAAAAAAAUCAAAGAAAACAUCCUGCAUUACAUGACUGAAAAAUACAGUGAUCCAGACAAAGACGAACUCUUGGACAUAGCCUCGCUGAUGGAUCCCAGGUUCCGCACGACAUACAUCAACCCUACCAGGGUGGAAUACAUUAAGGAGAGAGCUGUCACAGAGCUGCUGUCUUUGAUGCCCACUGUGCCUGGCACUGCUGUGCCGGUGCGCCAGGAAGAAGAAGAAGUAGCUGCAGCUGAGCCUGGUCCUGUGCUGAAGAAGCGGAGGAGCUUGUCAAGUUUCUUCCCGAAGAAAACGCCCGCUCCCUCCUCCUUGUCAAAGGCAGACAGAAUUAGAACUGAGCUGGCAACCUACCUGUUGAUCUCUGAGAUAAGCGAGGAUGCUGAUCCACUUCAGUGGUGGAAGAAACACGAAGAAAAUUUCCCAAGGCUCUUCAAGUUAGCCAGGAAAUACAUCUCAAUACCUGCGACAAGUGCCCCAUCGGAGAGGCUCUUUAGUGUUGGAGGGGGCGUUGUAACAUGCCACCGGGCAUCCCUCAAGCCAGAUGCCGUAGACCGGCUUGUGUUCCUUGCAAAAAACUUGCAAAUGUGA